CGGCACUGAGCGCCGUCCGGCCCCCGCCGCGCCGCCGCCGCCGCCGCCGACCCCGGCCUGGCCGCCAGAAUGGACUGCUGAAUUGGGAAUUAUUACAGACCCAACAGUACAGCACUGCUUGCUACUUCAUCUAUUGCUAGUUAUUUAAAUUGGACUUUUAAUAUCCUGCCAGCUGCUCUUCAUACACACAUGGUGCAUUGUUGCCAUUCUCAGAAUUGCGUCUUUGAAACCCAGACCCUCAGUAACCUUCAUCGAACAAAGAGGCGACCUCCUGCACGUUGUAGAGGGAUUUUUUGAACCUGCUGCCCUCUAGCUUUCUUGCUGGUGCUGUAUUUUUAAGACACUAUGGAGCCCAGUAUGGAGUAUUGCUUAGCGCAGGUGCUGCAGAAAGAUGUUGGAAAAAGACUUCAAGUUGGCCAGGAGCUGAUAGAUUACUUCUCAGAUAAACAGAAGUCGGCUGAUCUUGAACAUGAUCAGACUAUGCUGGAUAAAAUGGUUGAUGGACUGGCCACUUCUUGGGUGAAUUCCAGCAACUAUAAGGUGGUUCUCCUGGGCAUGGACAUCCUUUCCGCACUGGUGUCACGCUUGCAAGAUCGCUUCAAGGCACAGAUUGGCACAGUGCUACCGAGUUUACUUGAUAGACUGGGAGACUCGAAAGACUUGGUGCGGGAGCAAGAUCAGACCUUGCUGCUAAAAAUUAUGGAACAGGCUGCUAAUCCUCAGUACGUGUGGGAUAGGAUGCUGGGAGGAUUCAAACACAAGAAUUUCCGAACAAGAGAGGGGAUUUGCCUCUGCCUUAUUGCAACACUCAAUGCAUCUGGAGCUCAGAGUUUAACACUGAGCAAGAUAGUGCCACAUAUAUGUAACUUACUUGGAGAUCCGAACAGCCAGGUUCGAGACGCAGCAAUAAACAGCCUUGUGGAAAUUUACAGACAUGUUGGUGAACGCGUAAGGGCUGACCUCAGUAAAAAAGGACUGCCCCAGUCUCGGUUGAAUGUAAUUUUUACAAAAUUCGAUGAGGUCCAAAAGUCUGGAAACAUGAUCCAGAGCUCAAGUGAUAAAAAUUUCGAUGAUGAAGACUCCGUGGAUGGGAACAGACCUUCCUCUGCUAGCUCCUCUACGUCCUCAAAGGCCCCUUCAAAUUCACGCAGAGUUGGGAUGGGGACUGCCCGCAGACUUGGGUCUGCAGCUCUGGGCUCAAAGUCUUCAACAGCCAAAGAGGGAGCAGGUGCUGUGGAUGAGGAGGACUUCAUUAAAGCAUUUGAGGAUGUCCCAGCAGUUCAGAUUUAUUCCAGCCGAGAUCUUGAGGAGUCCAUAAACAAAAUAAGAGAGAUACUGUCAGAUGAUAAGCAUGACUGGGAACAGAGAGUAUCUGCUCUGAAAAAGAUCCGCUCGUUACUCUUGGCUGGAGCUGCAGAAUAUGAUAACUUCUUCCAACACUUACGGCUUUUGGACGGAGCAUUUAAAUUAUCCGCGAAAGACUUGCGAUCUCAAGUAGUGCGAGAGGCUUGUAUCACACUGGGACAUUUGUCAUCAGUUUUGGGAAACAAGUUUGAUCAUGGGGCAGAAGCCAUCAUGCCAACGAUUUUUAAUCUAAUUCCCAAUAGUGCCAAAGUCAUGGCCACUUCUGGUGUUGUAGCAGUUAGAUUAAUCAUUCGACAUACGCACAUCCCUCGACUAAUACCCAUCAUAACCAGUAAUUGUACCUCCAAGUCUGUUGCUGUUAGAAGGCGCUGUUUCGAAUUUUUAGACUUGCUGUUGCAGGAAUGGCAAACUCACUCUCUAGAAAGACACAUAUCAGUGUUAGCAGAAACAAUAAAGAAGGGAAUCCAUGACGCAGACUCUGAAGCCAGGAUAGAGGCAAGAAAGUGUUAUUGGGGUUUUCAUGGUCACUUCAGCCGAGAGGCAGAGCAUUUGUAUCACACCCUAGAAUCCUCCUACCAGAAGGCCCUGCAGUCUCAUCUGAAGAACUCUGACAGCAUCGUGUCCUUGCCACAGUCUGAUCGCUCCUCCUCCAGUUCCCAGGAGAGUCUCAACCGUCCGUUGUCUGCCAAAAGAAGUCCUACUGGAAGUACUGCAUCUAGAGCAUCUACAGUAAGUACAAAAUCUGUGUCAACACCAGGAUCUCUGCAACGAUCCCGCAGUGACGUUGAUGUGAAUGCAGCAGCUAGUGCCAAGUCAAAAGUGACGUCUGGAGCAUCUACUCCCUUCAGCUCUGCUGCAGCGUUGCCCCCAGGCUCGUAUGCAUCACUAGGUCGGAUUCGUACAAGGAGGCAGAGCUCUGGCAGUGCCACAAGCGUCACCUCUACUCCUGCUGACACCCGAGGCCGCAGCCGGGCUAAAGUAGUUUCACAGUCCCAGCCUGGCAGCCGAUCUAGUUCUCCAGGUAAACUGUUAGGAAGCACCUAUGGUGGCCUGAGUGGUGGAGCGUCCAGAGUCCAGCCGGUGCCGUCAUCGUCAGAAAAACGCAGCAAGAUCCCUCGGAGCCAGGGAUGCAGUCGAGAGACGAGUCCCAGCAGGAUAGGACUAGACCGGUUUGGGCUCGGACAGCCAGGCAGGAUGCCUGCUUCCAUGAAUGCCAUGCGAGUCCUGAGCACAAGCACAGAUCUGGAGGCUGCCGUGGCCGAUGCACUGCUGUUAGGAGACUCCAGGAGCAAGAAAAAGCCUGUGAGAAGAAGAUAUGAACCCUAUGGGAUGUACUCCGAUGAUGACGCUAAUAGUGAUGCAUCAAGUGCUUGCUCCGAGCGCUCCUAUGGCUCCAGGAACGGAGGCAUUCCCCACUACCUGCGGCAGACUGAAGAUGUAGCUGAGGUCUUGAACCACUGUGCCAGCUCCAACUGGUCCGAAAGAAAAGAAGGGCUCAUAGGUCUUCAGAACUUACUGAAAAGUCAGAGGACGCUGAGCCGAGUCGAGUUAAAAAGGCUAUGUGAAAUAUUUACUCGCAUGUUUGCUGACCCUCACAGCAAGGUCUUCAGUAUGUUUUUGGAAACGCUGGUUGAUUUCAUCAUCAUUCAUAAAGAUGACUUGCAGGACUGGCUUUUUGUUCUCCUGACGCAGUUGCUAAAGAAAAUGGGAGCAGAUUUGCUGGGGUCUGUGCAAGCCAAAGUUCAAAAAGCUCUGGAUGUCACAAGGGAUUCUUUUCCAUUUGAUCAACAAUUUAAUAUUUUGAUGAGGUUUAUUGUAGAUCAGACCCAAACACCAAACCUCAAGGUGAAAGUUGCAAUCCUGAAAUAUAUUGAGUCCCUGGCAAGACAGAUGGAUCCAACAGACUUUGUGAACUCCAGUGAGACAAGACUUGCUGUAUCUAGAAUUAUUACUUGGACAACAGAACCAAAGAGCUCAGAUGUGAGAAAGGCAGCACAAAUAGUCCUGAUUUCUCUUUUUGAAUUGAACACUCCCGAGUUUACCAUGUUACUUGGUGCCUUGCCGAAAACAUUCCAGGACGGUGCUACCAAGCUCCUGCACAACCACCUCAAGAACUCCAGUAACACCAGUGUGGGUUCCCCCAGCAAUACCCUUGGUCGAACUCCUUCCCGGCACUCCAGCAGCAGAACCAGUCCCUUAACUUCACCUACCAAUUGUUCCCAUGGUGGACUGUCUCCAAGUAUGCUGGAUUAUGACACGGAGAACCUAAAUUCUGAUGAAAUCUACAGCUCUCUUCGUGGAGUCACAGAAGCAAUUGAAAAAUUUAGUUUCCGUAGUCAAGAAGACCUGAAUGAACCAAUCAAACGCGAUGGAAAGAAAGACUGUGACAUCGUGUCUCGAGAUGGUGGCCUUGCAGUGCCUGCCAGUGACGUCCGCGGCAGCAGUGACAUUGUGGAAGGGGGAAGGAUGGCUCUAGAUAACAAAACCUCCCUUCUCAACACUCAGCCUCCCCGCGCAUUUUCGGGGCCCCGUGCUCGAGAGUACAAUCCCUACCCUUAUUCCGAUACGAUUAACACUUAUGACAAGACUGCCCUGAAGGAAGCAGUGUUUGAUGAUGACAUGGAUCAGCUUCGGGAUGAAGUACCCAUUGACCAUUCUGAUUUGGUGGCUGAUCUUCUGAAAGAGCUCUCUAAUCACAACGAGCGGGUGGAGGAACGGAAAGGAGCCCUCCUGGAACUGCUGAAGAUCACGCGGGAAGAUAAUCUUGGAGUCUGGGAGGAACAUUUCAAAACCAUUCUGCUCUUGUUGCUGGAAACACUUGGAGACAAAGAUCAUUCAAUAAGAGCCCUGGCACUAAGAGUCCUGAGGGAGAUCUUACGGAAUCAGCCAGCCAGGUUCAAGAACUAUGCUGAGUUGACCAUCAUGAAAACCCUGGAAGCACAUAAGGAUUCCCACAAGGAGGUGGUCAGAGCUGCUGAGGAAGCUGCUUCUACCCUGGCUAGUUCCAUCCACCCAGAGCAGUGCAUCAAAGUGCUUUGCCCCAUCAUUCAGACUGCAGAUUAUCCAAUUAAUUUAGCUGCCAUCAAAAUGCAGACAAAAGUCAUUGAGAGGAUUUCUAAGGAAUCGUUGCAUCAGCUCCUUCCUGAUAUUAUUCCUGGAUUGUUACAGGGUUAUGAUAAUACGGAGAGCAGUGUCCGUAAAGCUAGCGUGUUUUGCCUAGUGGCAAUUUAUUCGGUAAUUGGAGAAGAACUGAAACCUCAUCUUGCACAACUCACGGGAAGCAAGAUGAAGCUACUAAACUUGUACAUAAAGAGGGCCCAGACUACCAAUAGCAACAGCAGUUCCUCUUCAGAUGUUUCAACGCACAGUUAAUGAAGACAUCUGCACACGCGUAGACUUAGAAGCAAUCAAUGGUGCCUCUCAGAGACCUUUCUGCUACUCUUACUUCACUGGCACACUCCAUCAGCUUAAGGAGGCCAUGCAGAUAUUUAUUGCAAUCAGUAUUUUAGUCCCUUAAAGCUUUUAUGUAGAAUCUUAUCGGUAUUGAAUGUAAAGGAAGCAAGGUCUGUGUUGCAGUCUUCAUUAAAAAAAGAAAGUGAACAACAGAAAGCCAUACUUAAACAUAUUUGUAUAGCCUGCUGAAAUCUCUGAAAUAUGUUUAGGUUAGGUUUCCAAAACUGAGUCUGCAAAGGUGGACAUGCAUAAAUGUCAAACAAAUCUUGUUAUUUUAGUUCAUACCCAGUUCUGGUUUCUGUGCGCUAGUUAAUGUGCUCUCUCCCCAUGGUUGCAGCCAUUCUGGCUGGAUUCUCCUCUCUCCUUACCAGUCUUGUGAUCCUCUUUUGUACGUCCUCCUUGCAGCCUGCCUAACUUGCAGGAUCCUCCAUGAGGAGGUCUUUGCAGCUAGGGCUGUAGUUCCAGCCUCUAAUGCUUUAAUACUGAGAGAUAGCAAAUGAGUAAUGGAAAAAGUAGGUUCUUUUAAAACAUUGAAGUUUUGUACAUAGUUCUAACAGACCUUUGAUGGGCUGUUUUUUUCUGUAACUGCUCUCCAGCCAGCUGUGCUUUGUGAAACAGCUGGGCUCUUGCUACAUUCAUUGACACUGUAAAUAUUUCCCCUCUUCCUGCCCAUUUGGCGCUCUUAUAUGCUCAAAAGGCAUGUCAGGUUACUUGUAACUCCUUGAAGGGAGCCUGAGACACAGUUCUGGGACUGAUGCCUGCGAUCAGACACUGGAGUUUGGGUGUUGUGUUGGGCUCUGAGCGCACCUGUGGGUUUGCAGUCAGAGCCGGCAGGGCUAGAUCGUAGUGCUGCUUUGCAAAGCAAGCUGUAUUUUUAUUGAAGUCUGUAGCAUCAAAGGGCUGAUCUGCUCCUCUGACUAGACCCCCAGUGUUGGGUGGCAAAUGGUCUUGUUCAUCCCCACUCCCUGUGUGCUGUGGGCAAAUUGUUCGCCCCAGAGGACAGAAAGGGAAUCUUAAACUGGACAAAAUGCCCCUGUGGAAGUGCCCACUGUGGGGGCUGGCAGGGCUGGUGCCAGUUGCCUGCUACAGCUCCCCUCCUGUGCCUGAAGAACCUGCAGUGCUGUUACCUGCCUUCAGAAACCUCCUGCUUCCCAGCCAGCCCCACACACAGUCCUGCAGGCACUUAGCACUUCAGAGGAACGUGCAGCACUCUCACGAGGGCUUUGGCAGAGUGCUCUGGGUGCCAUCCCGGCUGAGGGCACUGCUGGGCAGAUCCUUUCAAACUGAUGAGGGAGAUGAAGUCAGAAUCAAACCAGCAGCAGUCGAAUACCCUGUGGCACCAUCCUCCACUGAUAGGAGACCCUCCUGUCUGCAGAGGGGGAGCUCCCCCUGCUGCUGCCAUAACCCAGAGGAAGCAGGAAGAUGUUCAUGCUGCUGUUGGUCCCAGGCUGGAUCCAGGCAGAUGGACAGGCCUACCCCAACAUGCAGUGGGUCAGAAGUGGAUUUUGCCCCUACUGCCGGCAGCAUGAAGAUGGAUCCACAGGCUGUAUGUGCUCUCUGGCUGCUUCUGGUGCCUCAGUCUCCCUCCAGCACCCUCCCCAUGGGGAGCUGAAGGGACACCUCAGCAGCAUGCAGGCAACACAAAUGUCUAGUGCCGCAGCAGGGUGGCUGAAGCCCUAUUGUCCUCUGUUCCCACUGAUCUGUGCCUGGGUGGCUCAGCCCCAGUCCACUGCAGCCUCUAAGGAGCUGUGCUGGGAGGUGCUGCAUGGCACCUUGUCCCAUCUGAGCACCCAGUUCCACCAGGGCCCUGCAGGAUGGGGCCAUGGAGUUUUUGGACCCUUUUCCUGCACUGGUAGCCUGAGAGCAGGAGAGGUGACCUGCUCCCGAGUCCCUCAGGACAUAUCCAAGCUUUCACUGGCUGUAGGCCUAAUUUCCCUCAUAUUUCCUGAUACAAAAUGCUAUGGCAGGAGAAACCAUUGCAAUCCUGGUGUGGGGGAUUUCCCCAAGGUCUUCCUGCAGGCUUGAUUAAAGCCAUCCUCACUAGAGGAUGCCGUUGUGACUAUAUUGGCUGCUCCAUGGUCAGCGUUGCCCUUUCUGUGGACCAUUCCUUUACAUCAUCUUUCAGUAGGCUUGGUAGAUUUUUUUUUUUUUUUGAAUGAUCGAAAUUUAGUUUAACAUGAAUUUAUUUUCAUUUUUCCUUUUCAUUUUUUUAUUUUCCUUUUGAGGAAAUAUUCAGCUGACAUGUUGGCAGCAGUUAGCUGUCUUGUUUGAAUUAUUAUUUUUUUUUUAAUUUUUGCUCUAACUGCUCAGUAUUUAUGCCUCUCUCUUUCUCCUCAUGUCAGUUGAGCAUCUGUCCCAGUCCUGGGGUUCAGAAGGUUGGCAUAGCCGACUGGAUGGCGUUUAGCCCCUUCCAGCCGUGGUGGAGCUUUUUCCAUCACCAUUUGCUGUUUGUUUGUUUUUGAAUGGCACACUGUAGCAAGACUCCAGGAAUUGAAUUUCUUCUCAGAUGUUUUUCUUAUAUUUUAUAAAAUUCUGUUAGUAUGCACUGAAAGUGAACGCACUGUAAUUAAUGUCCCUGAACUGACCCUAGCACGUGUGCUGACACUACAAUAGGAAUUAAGAGCUUGUCCUUCAGAAAUACAUGUGGAAUCUGUGGCUGCUUUUAGACUCCAGGGAUGAGCAUGUAUUUUUCGGAUACUAUUGGCAUAUUUGGGGCUGCACGUGGUAGAACCAGGCCUUACUUUCUUGAUCGGAUUCUGUUCUGUUUGUCAACAGAUGCUCAUUAGUGUGUUACUUUGUUUCUUUUCAUGAGUCAAUCAAGGACUGUUCAUCCUUUGAGUACUCUAGAAGUCUGUUAUACCUGUAUACAGUAGAGAGCGUUCUGCUUAGGUAUUUAUAAAUCAUUUGCGUAUAAUGUACAUAGUAAGUUGUUUAGUAUGUUGAACACGACCUGAUCUUUUUUUCCUUUGAAGUACUCAAAGGGCUAGCUCUGAAUGUCACCUCUCUGAUCUGCAGUGUUCUGAUUUCCAAGAGCUGUACAAUCACUUCGUUUUUUUUUUUAGUAAGCAUAAAGGUCUCUCUGGCUACAAAUCAGACAGUGUCCCCGCACGUUUGCAGAGGAAGAUCUGCAUGCUGGCAGUGCCUCACCACGACGGUGGAGCUUGUGUUCACGUUCUCCCAGCAGUAGCCACUACUGCAGCUGCCUUUUUUUUUUUCCCCCUUGCUGCCCAUUAUGCAGGGCUUUGGGUUUUUUGUAUCUUUGAGAGGAAAAAAAGAAAAAAAAAAAUUUGCCCACCAUGCUUAAAAAGUCUGAAUGGGGGAGGACUCUCAGCAGACAGCGGCUCCUGGCUGUAAGGCUGCCGAAAUCUCAGAUGUGGAUAUUUUUCUGCCGUUGGCUGCACCAGUGCUCCAUGGGCAAAUAAUGGAUACAUCGGCCCCCACAGUCUUAUGUACUGUAGUUCUCAUGUAGUGCAGAAUUAUUGAGGCAUGUGGCUUUCUUAAGGUACACUAUGUGUGCUUGCCUGGAUUACAAUACAAUACAAGACUGUCUUUUUUUAUUGCUUAUUACUAGCUUACCAAUAACCUGUAUAAGUAAUGUAACUCGCAUCUUUGUCAUCAAAACCUCUUCUCCCCACCCCUUUAUUUAUCAAGCAUAAUAUUACAUAUUAAGGGACAGAAAAAUAGGUCUUUGUAGAGUACAGCAGGAUGUUGCUAACAAUAAUGUUUUAAAUGGGAAGUAAAAACCGCUCUGAAAAAUGCCAGCCAUAAGAAAUGAUUUUGUUGGCACUGUGUUCAUGCGCAUGUAUUUUUUUCUAUUUUUCCGCUUUUGUCAUGUUACAUCCAUAUCUGUAUUUAUAUCUUAUUUGUUUCACUUUUGAGUGUAUCAUGGCAAUUGUACAGAUGUUUUUUGUUAACAUUUACGUGAUAGAAUUUGCUAAAAAAAAAUUAAAAUCUUUUGAGUUUGCCCUAGAAUAA